AUGAAUAGUACACUAUUAUCUUUUUGGGAAGGAAAUGGUUCGAUAAUGCUGCCUGGAGACAUUAAUCUACGUUGGAAAGAUUAUCGAGAAAUUGUGCAGCCUGAUAAAGCAAGUUUUUGGGUCAUGUUAGGGAGCUUACUCUUAUUUAUAAUCUGGAUUGUCUUCAUAACGUAUUACAUGUCACGGGUUGUCGGUCCUAUUGUUGCAUUUUUGCUCACAAGACUUGCACAUCUGAAAGGCUACGAUGUAGAAAUAUCAGUGGGAUCAUUUUCCAUCAGUUUGCUUGCUGGAAAAAUAAUGUUUCGUGAUUUUCGUUGUAUGUCUCAAAAUUUUUUAUUUUGUUGUAACGAUGGAUGGGUGGUUUUUUCGUACUGGAAUUACAUUCCUGUAGCUCAUGUUUAUAAAAGCAACAUCUCGAGACUACAUAUUUCGCUAAAUGGUUUGCAGCUGCAUGUUUACAAUCGCUUAUCUAAGUACCGGACGUUGGCACGGUUUUUUGGUCUUGAAAAGCUUUUUGCGUCGGUUAAGGAGGAAGUGGAUAUUAAUAAAGAGCGGCGGUAUACUUAUGUUUCUGCAGAAGAAGAGCUGGAAUGGCAUAAGUCUUGUGAUAAUUUGUGGUCUUUAAUUGGAUAUAUCAGAUUUGAUGUUAGUUCUGGUCGAUUAAUUGCUGGUAACGCAUUGUUGCCAUCAAUGGUUGUUUGUUCUUUUGAGAACUAUGCAUCUGAAAUUUCACUUAAAGAAUAUGGAAAAGGAGAAGAUAUAGCAUUGCUUAGUAUCGUUGGUAGUACAGAAAACGUUCGCAUCUCGCUGGUACAAUGUAAUCAUUUCACUAAAAAAAAACCUCUAAAUUUUAAUGGUCGAUGUGAUCAACCUCCACGAACAAUGGGUGGUGGUUUCGCGAUUGUUCAGACUGCUCAUCUUAAUUUUUUUUAUAGUCAGUCCAUUCCAGGUUUUGUAAAAAAAGGCCAGCAGUCAGCUACUGAAAAUCUUCCUGUAUGGGAAUCUGUCUGGCGUUUUGAUAAAAACACCAUAUUUUCGUACGGUCCAUGGGCUGAUGCUCAACGCGUUCAAUUAUAUGAGUUCUUUUUCCCUCCAGAAUAUAGAGAUUCAGAAGUUACAAUAAUGCCUAAAGAAGGUGAACGACGCAUUUUGUUAUCACAUGACAUGAGAAUUUCAUUGUGGAAUGAUGCAGUGAUUGAUAUAUGGUUUAUGAGGGAAGACGAACUGAAUGCUUUGCAUUUGCGUGUAAAACAAGGCUCUUCUCUUGAUCUGAAAAUGCCUUGGGUCACGACAGAGAAAGGCUUCGAAACUGUUCUUCGAUGUUGCUUCUUAUUUGUUGAGUCGUCUACUUCACUUGCAUAUCCGAAAUUUUUCCAAUGUGAAACUUUUCGACUUACUCUUAAUGUUUUUUAUCCACGUGUUUUCAAUGGACAUCAGUUAUGGAAAUAUGCUGUCAAAAUCAAUAAAGGAAGGCUGUGGAUUGUAUGGGAUCACAAACGCUUUUUUGCUGAUCUUAUGAACGAGUGGGUUUCGGAUUCAAUAGUAGAUCUAUUUAAAUUCAUCCCAUACACGUGGGAAUUUGAAGUAAAUGCUAUGGAUAACUUUGAAAUUACAUUGUUAUUGAAUGACCAUAAUUGGAUUGAUGUCAGUACUUCAUUAUCUGCAGAAAAUCAUCUUGCUGCUAUUAUUGGAAAAAAUAUGACAGUUUCCUUUGCAUUACAUGUUCUUGAAUUCUGCCCUAGAACAAUUACUACUCUAUACGAAGUAUCUGCUUAUCACGGCCUUGCAUUGCGUGCAUGGUUACCAUCUGAAAGUCCAUUUUACAGUGUCGUACACUCUCUACUUAAAUAUGCCUCUUCUCAAACAAAAAAUUCAUCAGCAGAAUUGCAAGAUUGGGUUGAAUUAUGGAGAACUGAGAAGAUUUCAUUAUUGUUUGAAUACACUCAUCAUCCUUUAUAUAGUGAUCAGCCUUCUGACCUUCCAUUAAAUAACACUAAGACAGCAGCGAAAGAACAUUCAACUCCAAUGACUUUAUCUCCUGAUCAGUUAUUGAUUGAGAUUGACAUCAGCAAUUCUGAUAUAGUAUUAGUGGGCUUGAUCAUUCGAUUGAUUAUUGACUUAAAAAACAAUUAUUUUGGACUAAAUGAUGAGUUAACUGAUGUUGGUAGAUGCAAAAGUGGUUCUACAUCAAGUCCGCUGUACGGUAAUGUGAUUUGGGAUGAAUGUGAAAGAUACCGACCACUUUCUUUACGUCUUUGUUUACGUGUUGGAAAAAUUAGAGGAUUAUGUUUGGUUCAGAAUCUAUCAGUGAAUUCUUCUACAAGUGAAUUCAAAGUUUUACUUUUUUUCUCUCAUAUUUUCUAA